AUGGCGGAUAUGUAUUAUCAAGGUGGUGGUGUAGGAAAUACGGGAUCAAAAGGUUUCUCGGCUGGUCCUUAUGGGUAUCCUAUGAUGGGUUGUAAUAUAUCAAGAAACUUUCAAGAUAUUACAGAAGAUGAACGAAAGUGCCUUGAACAAAGAAAGUAUUGGUGUUUUUUAUUAUCUAGCAUAGUAACUUUUUGUGUCUCAAUGUUCUUUGUUGUCAUAUGGAGAGUUGUAGCACAUUUAUUUUUUCAACGCCCAGAAAGAGAGGUUAUUGAACCGGUACCAGAGGAGGAAGUUAGUGAAACAUUAAAAGGUAUUGUAAAUAAUAAAGAACUUGAAAGAUUAAAUAUGAAAGAAGAACAAGUACAAUUAGGAUGGGUAACAGAAGCAAAAGAUUGGGCUGGUGAAUUAAUAUCAGGACAAAGUAUGACAGGAAGAAUUCUUGUUGUAUUAGUAUUUGUUUUAUCAGUCGGAUCAUUAGGAAUAUAUUUCUAUGAUACAUCACAUCCAAACUUUCAAGUUGAAACAUGUGUCUCAUGGUUAGAAUCACCUUCACAACAAAUUGAUUUGGGAUUUAAUAUAUUUUUUCUCAUCUAUUUUUUUAUUAGAUUUAUAGCUGCAUCAGACAAAGUUUGGUUUUUAUUAGAAGUAUACUCAUUUGUUGAUUAUCUUACAAUUCCACCAAGUUUUGUAGCAAUAUAUUUAGAAAGAAAUUGGCUUGGUCUUCGUUUUUGUCGUGCUCUUAGAUUAAUGACUAUUCCAGAUAUUCUUCAAUACUUAAAUGUUUUAAAAACAUCAUCAUCAAUUAGAUUAACACAAUUAUUAUCAAUUUUUAUUUCUGUUUGUUUGACAGGUGCUGGAUUUAUUCAUGUUCUUGAAAAUAGUGGUGAUCCAUUUAAAAAUUUUGUCAAUACACAUAGAAUAACAUACUGGGAUUGUGUUUAUUUCUUACUUGUAACAAUGUCAACAGUUGGAUAUGGUGACAUUUAUUGUACAACAAUACUGGGAAGAAUUUUUAUGGUAUUUUUCAUUCUUGGUGGUCUUGCUAUGUUUGCAAGUUAUGUACCAGAAAUAGCAGAUCUUAUAGGAUCAAGGCAAAAAUAUGGUGGAGAAUAUAAAGGAGAACAUGGAAAAAAGCAUAUUGUUGUAUGUGGUUAUAUUACUUAUGAAUCGGUUUCUCAUUUUCUACAAGAUUUUCUUCACGAAGAUCGUGAAGAUGUUGAUGUUGAAGUAGUUUUUCUACAUAGAGUUCCUCCGGAUCUCGAAUUAGAAGGUCUUUUUAAAAGACAUUUUACUAAAGUUGAAUUUUUUACCGGUACAGUAAUGGAUUCAAUAGAUUUAUCACGUGUUAAAGUUGAUGAAGCUGAUGCAUGUCUUGUAUUAGCUAAUAAAUAUUCUAGUGAUCCAGAUGCUGAAGAUGCAGCAAAUAUAAUGCGAGUAAUUUCAAUAAAAAAUUAUUCAUCUGAUAUUCGUGUUAUUGUUCAAUUAAUGCAAUAUCAUAACAAAGCAUAUUUAUUAAAUAUUCCAUCAUGGGAUUGGAGGAGAGGUGAUGAUGUUAUUUGUUUAGCAGAAUUAAAAUUAGGUUUUAUUGCUCAAUCAUGUUUAGCACCAGGUUUUUCUACAAUGAUGGCAAAUUUAUUUGCAAUGCGUUCAUUUAAAACAUCUCCUCACACACCGUCUUGGUUAAAUGAUUAUUUAAGAGGAGCUGGUAUGGAAAUGUAUACAGAAACACUUUCGCAUGCAUAUGUUGGAAUGGGCUUUCAGGAAGCCUCUGAUCUUCUUUUCACUCGAUUAGGAUUAUUACUAUUAGCAAUAGAACUUAAGGAUGAUGAAAAAAAAGAAUGUAAUAUAGCUAUUAAUCCUGGUCCUGGAACAAUAAUUCAACCACAAACACAGGGAUUUUUUAUUGCACAAUCUGCAGAUGAAGUAAAAAGAGCUUUCUAUUGGUGUAAACAAUGUCAUGCAGAUAUCAUUGAUGCAUCAUUAAUAAAAAAGUGUAAAUGUAGAAAUUUUUCAUUAUUCCGUAAAGGAGCAAGACAAGUACAAUUAGCAAAAAAAGUUGGAAAAAAUAUGGUUAAUGUUACUGAUACACCAAGGCCGGGUAUGGCAAUUAAUAGUGGAAAACCAAUAAUUGAUUUAAUGAUGUCUAAAGGACCUAAAUAUAGUGUAUAUGAUAAGACAGGUUCACCAGAUAUAAGAGAUUUUGAUAUAACAAGAGAAUUUGAACAACAAGAUAUGAAAUAUGAUUCUACAGGAAUGUUUCAUUGGUGCCCACCAAGACCAAUUGAAGAAUGUAUUCUUGAUAGACAUCAAGCUGCUAUGACAGUAUUAAAUGGACAUGUUGUAGUAUGCUUAUUUGCUGAUAAAGAUAGCCCAUUAAUUGGUUUAAGAAAUUUUGUAAUGCCAUUAAGAGCUUCUAAUUUUCAUUAUCAUGAAUUAAAACAUGUUGUUAUAGUAGGUGAUGUAGAAUAUUUAAAAAGAGAAUGGAAAACAUUACAUAAUCUUCCAAAAAUAUCAAUAUUAAAUGGUUCACCAUUAUCAAGAGCUGAUUUAAGAUCAGUUAAUAUAAAUUUAUGUGAUAUGUGUGUUAUAAUAUCAGCUAGAAUACCAAAUCCUAAUGAAGAUCCAACAUUAGCUGAUAAAGAAUCAAUUUUAGCUUCAUUAAAUAUUAAAGCAAUGCAAUUUGAUGAUACAUUAGGAUUUGGUCAUGCUAGAAUAAAUAAUGGAAGUGUUUCACCAUUAGGUAGUCCAAUAUCUAUACAUAGAAAAGGUGUUCGUUUUGGUACAAGUGUUCCAAUGAUAACAGAACUUGUUAAUGAUUCAAAUGUUCAAUUUUUAGAUCAAGACGAUGAUGAUGAUCCUGAUACUGAAUUAUAUCUUACACAACCAUUUGCUUGUGGUACUGCAUUUGCAAUAUCAGUUUUAGAUUCACUAAUGAGUACUACAUAUUUUAAUGAUUCAGCAUUAACAUUAAUAAGAACAUUAGUAACUGGUGGUGCAACACCAGAACUUGAAUUAAUACUAGCUGAAGGGGCAGGUUUAAGAGGUGGUUAUAGUACUCAAGAAACAUUAGCAAAUAGAGAUCGUUGUCGAAUAUCACAAAUAGCACUAGCUGAUCAACCAUAUGAAGGCAUUGGUACUGCAAGUACUUAUGGUCAAAUGUUUUCAUUAGCAUUAAAACGUUAUGGUCAGUUAUGUAUUGGACUUUAUCGUUUACAUGAUCAAGCAUCACCAGAUAGUAAUAAAAGAUAUGUUAUAACAAAUCCACCAGCAGAAUUACGUCUUCUUUCAAGUGAUAAUGUUUACGUUCUUGAACAGUUUGAUCCUGGUUUAGAGUAUGAACCUGGAAAACAAUUAUUACAUUAA